AUGUCUAAUAAAAGAAACAAGGAAAUGCAAGAUCCAGAAAGUGAAAGUGAAGAAGAACAGGAAUCAGGCAGCGACAAGGAUUCAGACUUUGAUUCAGAUGGAAACUUUGUCGGCGACAAAGAAUUACAAGCUGAUUUCGAAGGAAGAAACCCAGAGGACUGUGAUUUUCAUGGAAUCAAGCAAUUAUUGAGGCAACUGUUCUUAAAAUCAAAUGUGGACCUAGGGGGCCUGGCACAGAUUAUUAUAUCUCAAAACUACAUCGGUAGUGUUGUGAAGCAAUGCCUGGACGAUGGUCUUGAAGAUGAUGAUGAAGAUGACGGCAGUGAUGGAGUAUUUGGUAUCACAACCGUUAUAAAUAUAACUAAGAGAAAAGAUGAACAGAGCAUCAAGCAAAUCAGAACUUUGCUGACUUCUCUGGCAAAUGACAACGCUGACGAUCAAACAAAGGCUUUAGUAAAUAAGAUUCUAUCAGAUGAUUCAAACCAUGUUGGUCUAGUUAUAAAUGAAAGGAUUUUAAACAUUCCAGCGGCUAUAAGCGUUCCACUUUUCUCAUCACUCCAGAAUGAAUUAGACAAGGCGCUAAAGAAAAACAUGCCAUAUGUAUUCCAAUAUCUUGUAUGGAUUUGUAAGACAUAUAAAACGGGAGAUGAUGAAUCCGAAGUGCUGUUUGCUAACCAGGAAGAAAAGCCACUAGUUGAUGAAGCAAUAGCCAGUUUUGAUGUAGAUGUAACAGAACAAGCAGAUUUAUCUCAAUGGGACUAUGAUGGAGGAGCUAUGACACCUUGUAGAAAGGUAUUAAUCUUCGAAGGCAACAAAUUCAACAAUCUGGUAAGACUUCUGAAAGAAGAAGUUGAAAAUGCCUAA